GCCGAGCAACUGCCUCGAUUGGUCGAGCCUGAGCCAUCAUGGCGGCGCCCGUGUAGCCUUGUCCGUAACCGCGAAGGGGACGGUGGCUGCGGCGCGGGCCCGGUUGGGGUCGGAAGUCACCAUGCUGAGGGCCGCAUGGAGGGCCCUGAGUUCGGUUCGAACCCAGGCAAUAACCCAGGCCCCAGCCUUUGGCCUGCUGGGGAGAGGGAACGCCAGGCUUCUCUCCGACCAGUGGGGCCUGCAGCCUCCAAGUCUCCUACAGGCGGCUCGUGGAUAUGCCGUCCAAAACCCAGUCCAGCCCAAGCAAGACAAUGAUCCACCCCCUUCCACGCUGCUCAAAGACUACCAGAACAUCCCUGGAAUUGAGAAGGUUGAUGAUGUUGUGAAGAGACUUUUGUCUUUGGAAAUGGCCAACCAGAAAGAGAAGCUAAAAAUCAAGCAAGAACAAUUGAUGAAAAAAGUUGUGGAAAACCCUGAGGACACCAGAUCCCUGGAAGCUCGAAUUGUUGCCUUAACCAUCAAGAUCCGCAAUUAUGAAGAACACAUGCAGAAACAUCGAAAGGAUAAAGCACACAAACGCUAUCUACUGAUGAGCAUUGACCAGAGGAAAAAGAUGCUUAAAAACCUUCGUAAGACCAACUAUGAUGUCUUUGAGAAGACAUGCAGGGAACUGGGAAUUGAGUACACCUUUCCCCCUCUCUAUUACCGAACUGCUCACCGCCGCUUCGUGGCCAAGAGGGCUCUGUGCCUCCGGGUUUUCCAGGAGGCAAAAAAGCUGAAGAAACAAAAAAGGAUAUUAAAAGCUAAAGCUAAAGCUAAAGCUGCAGCAGCCCCAAAACAAGAUGACCAGGAGAACCCAGAGAGCUCUUCCAAAGCCUGUGCAGAUGUACUCAAAGAAAACCAAUAAAGUCUGUUAAAAUUAUUUAA